AUGGCUUCAGCAAAUGGUUCCAGUCGUCCGCCAUCUGGAUGUGUGUCAAUUCCGGUAGAAAUUAUUCGUGAACCAAAGUCAACUAGUUCAGGUUCUCAUUCACGACAUAAUUCUCCAUUUCGAACACUUCAUAAUGAUAGUCCAUAUGCUGGAUAUUCAGAUUCUCCAUCAUGGACUUCUAGUUCGCCUAGUCGUCUCCCACCACGCCAAACCCCAAGUACUGUAUUUGAUCGUAUGAAUACAAAUACACAAUUUAAUCAACCAUUAAAUGAUCAACCAUCGUAUCAACAAUAUCAAGAACCACAAUAUCGUCAUUCACAACAAAGAAUGUAUGAACCAGGUCCAUUACAUUUCAGUCGUUCAAGUGAAGAUCUUCUUUCAUCACCAUUUGAUACAAUGCGUUAUAAUACUCAACCACAAUAUACUUCAUUAAUACCACCUACAUUUGGUAGUGGUUUUCGUACAGAUUCGGAUUUUGUUCAACCAAUUCAAUAUACAAGUCCUCUACGUCGAUCAUUUGAUGCUCUUAAUGAUUUUCCAGAUACGUAUCAAAGUUUUCCAACGACACGACAAUAUCCAUUCGACCAACAACAACAACCCUUUUACCGAACAUCAUUUCAAACACAACAUCAACCUCAAUCUCAACAACAACAACAACAACAACAACAACAACAACAACAACAACAACAACAACAACCACAACAACAACAACAACAAAAACAACAACAACAACCACAACAACAACCAACUUAUGUCAACCAAGCUUAUAUUAAUCCAAAUAUUGUUUAUACAAAUGAAUAUGGUGCACCAAUGGGUCAUUAUCAACCAACUACUCCUCAUGGAAGUGGAACCAAUGCUUUAAAUGAACGUGCUCGUUCACCGGCUUCUCAGCGAGGUGCAUCACCAGCUAAAGUUUCACCAACUACUACUACUACACAACAACAAGAAGAACCUGAACUUAAAAUGGCUAAAGAUACAGAGGGUCCAAUUCCAAUGCCACCACCGUCUUCUUCUUCAUCAACACAAUCAACUGAUCCACAAGCUCCAUCAACUGAUACUUCAACACCAGCUGAUGUUUCACCACCACCACCACCACAACCUGUACGCGAUCCUAAUGGAAUAGCUUUAGAAAAACUCGAACAAAUUAAACAAAAUUUGGAUAAUCUUGAGAAACAAGUUGAUGCGUUUAUUGGCUCAACUCGUAAUGAUCGUCAAUAUAAGGUACUUGAUGAACAAGCAUUAAAAAUAAUGAUACGUUGCGAUGAACUAGUCGAUGUUAGUGCUGAUAUAAAAGAAAAACGAAAAGAAAUGAUACGCAAUGUACAAAAAGUAAUUGGUAAACUUGAAUCGAAAGUACCAGGAACUCCUGGUUUUGAACAAAAUAGUAAUCCCAUGAAAACAGAAACUACUUCUACCAAUGAACCACCUGUCAAUAAUAAUAAUAAAAAUGAAGAAAAUAUUGGAAAGAGAUCUUCACCAUCUGUAAGUCCACCAAAAGAAAAUACUUCUGUUCCAAUACCAACAACAAUAAUAACAGAACAAUCAACAUCAACGUAA